UUGUUUGGAUUGUCUUGCCGUCGUUUUCAUGACUUCGUUCUUAAAUGAAAAAAUAAAAACAGGGUAUUUUCGCGUUUAUAAACGAUUAUAAGUUUUAGUAGGGUCGAAUUCUACCGUUUUCAUUGUGGAUAGGUUGUUUUCGUAGAGGGAUUGACGGUGCACGUUAUUAAUUGCGUUCCAUUCGUCGCCUUCGUGUACGAAGCUUUAAAAUGGAGAAGCGUGUCGAGUUAGAAAAACGAGGGCAUAAUCCGGCAGAGAUCAAAGAACUUAAUCUGGACAACUGCAGGAGCACAAAUAUUGUUGGAAUUACAGAUGAGUUUGUCAAUUUGCGUAGUCUUUCACUCAUCAAUGUGGGCCUCACUUCACUUAAAGGGUUCCCCAGGCUUCCUAACUUACGAAAAUUGGAACUAAGUGACAACAGAAUAUCUGGUGGAUUAGAAGUGUUAGACACAAGCCCAAAACUAACUCACCUUAACCUGAGUGGCAACAAAAUCAAGGACCUGGAUGCUCUGGAACCAUUAAAAACAUUUAAUCACCUAAAAAGCCUGGAUUUAUUUAACAAUGAGGCCACUACCAUAGAGAACUACCGAGAGAAAAUCUUCAAAAUGAUCUCAAGUUUGAAGUACCUUGAUGGAUAUGAUGCUGAUGACCAAGAGGCAGAAGAUACUGAUGGCGAGGAAGAUGUAAUUGAAGUAAAUGGAAAUAAUGACAGUGAGGAAUUUUCAGAGGAUGAGGAUUUGGAUGAUAGUGUCCAUCUUGGAGCAGUCUAUUCUGAAAAUAUAGAUGAUAUGUCUGAUGAAGAAGACUAUGAGGAAGAAGAGGAAGAGGAGGAUGAUGAUGAUGAGGCAAUUGAAGAGGAGGAGUUCUAUGAAGAGGAUUCUGACGACGCUCCAACACCCAAUGUAUCACGGGGCGAGAAGCGAAAACACGAAGAUGAUAAAAACUAAAAGUUUGAGCGAGUUCAGACUGAGACAAAAAUGAACAGUUAUUAUUAAUCCAGAAAUUUUAAAAACAAAUAAAAGUGAACGAAAUGGCUCCAAUACGUUUUCUAGCGUUUCCCUGGCUGUGGUUUCAUAUUUCGAAAAUACAAAAAUUAAAUAAAAAUUUAACUCACAAAAGUAACAGCAGUAGCAGCUCUGCAGGAAAAAUAGAACACAAUUAAUUGUAUUUUCUCUGUGAGAAAAUCGGUUGACGAGGAAACUCAAGGGAUCAUAAUUUUUGUAAUAUGUGUCAUAUUUUAGCAGUGUUUAUAUAACUAUUACAAUUAUUUGAAUGGCAGGUUAACCCCUCUCCCGUCAAUUGUAAGUUUUUUAUCGCAGUUGUUUCUAAGCCAAGUUGUUUGUUUAGCGAAUAGGGUUACUAAGCUAGAUGAUUAUAUCAGUUCAAUAAUAAUAUAUGAAUGGAAACGAAAGAUGUUGAGGGUGUUUAAAUCAAAUUUAUAUUUCUUAAGUCGGCUUGUAGUUCAUUUUAAAAUAAAAAUUAAUGUUAAGACAUUCCAGUUAUUAAAAAUGGUUAAUUUAUAUAG